AUGAUAAUAAAUGAAGAUGAAUAUAACGAAAAAAUAAGAGUCACUUCUAAUUGUUGGUUAAGUAAAUAUAAAAUAAAUAGUUUUGCUAAGAAAAAAAAAAAUUCAAAUUAUAAGAAUGUAGGAAAUUAUCCUAACUUCAAUAUAUGUUCUACUUCUGUUGCUUUGCCAAUUAUAAAGUUAAAAAAUGAUUUGGAUUGUAUAAGUGAAAAUAAGAAAAUAAAUAGAUUAAGAGAGAAAAAAAGUAAAGAGAAGAUACAAGAAAUAAAUUUUAAAAAUGAAGAUGAAAUUUCUUCUAUUCUACUAAGAAGUAAAGCCUUUAAUGAAACUUGGAAUUUAUUAAAUAAUUUUAUGAACUGUUUUAUUUAUAAUUACUUAAGUGAUAUGAUUGAAAAAGAAAUAAAUUUUUUAAAUAAUAAUUUAUGUUUUAAAGAUGAUAAAUUGUCGUUAUUGAUUAUAAAAACGCAAAGUUGCUCUUUUGUAAAUAUGUUGCAAUAUAGAAUUAUUUCUCGAAAAUUAAAAAAAUUAAAUAAUUGUGAUCCAAAAGAAAUAAAAGAAAAAAAUAUUUUAGAAGAUGAUAUAUUAAAUUAUAAAAAUUCAAAUAACCAAUUAAAAUCCUUUAGACUACUAAAAAAAGAAAAAUAUAUUAUAUCUUGCAUAAUAAAUGUUUAUUCAAACGAUACAAUAGAAGGAAUAAUUAGUAGGAUUAUUAAAAAAAUUAAUUCUAAUGCUUUUAUGAAAAUGGACAAAAACAAUUUAAAUGACUCAUUUAAUAAAAUAUUAAAAAAAAAAAAUUGCGUUUUAAUUAUUUUUAUGAAUAACUAUUUGAAAUUAAAAGCAGCUACCUUUACUGGGCUUUUGUUGUAUUUGACACAUCUAAAAGAACUAAAUUCAGUAAAUAUUAGUGUUAUUAUAACUAAUAAUUGCUUAUUAUCUGCACUAAAUAAUUUAGAUUAUUUUAUUAAAAAAAACUUUCAUGUUAAUAUUUGUAACUUAUAUUUAAAUUAUUAUAAUUUAAUAGAAAAUAUUAUAUUUUUCCCUAUUUUUAAUAAUAUUUUAUUUAAGAUAAAAGAAUAUAGCUCUUUAAUAGAUCACAUAUUUUUUGGUAAUCAUGAUUUUAGUUUUCUAAAGUUAAAAUAUUUUUUUUAUUUGUUUGUACGAGAUUUUUAUGACAAAAAAAUGUUAUCUUUUUUAAACAUUCCUUUAAUUUAUUUUAAUAUUAGCAAUGAAAUAACAACAAAAUCAAAUAAAAAAGAUGACUAUACUAAUAGUUUCGAUGAAUUUAAAUUUAACAUAAUUGAAUCUUAUGAUUUAAUUGAUGUGCAAAAUAUUCAUGAGAAAUUUAUUCUUUUGCUAUAUGCAAGUAAUUUUUAUGAGAAGCAUAUUAAUCAUUUAAAAUAUAAAAGCAGUUAUCACUAUUUAUAUAUUGUAAAUCAAAAAGAUAAGAAAAAAAGUGAGAAAAAUAUGAAAAAGAACAACGAAAAUAAUAAUAACAGAAAUAAUUCACCAUUGUUACUAAAAAGGAAAAGAGAAAAUAAUCAAAGUGCUAAUACCACUAGUAAAUCAAAUGAUCAUAUAACAAAUUUUGAAAAAGAAAGUAUAAUGAAAAAGAAAAAUGAUAAAAUAAGAAAUUGUGAUAAGGAAGAAAUAGAAGAAAAAGAAGAAAAAUAUAUUGAAAAUAGAUGUAAAAAAAAAAAAAAAAUGACUUUAAAAUAUUCAGAUACAUUCUUUGAAGAAAACGCUGAUGUUCUAAACAAAAGAAUCCUCAGUAAAAGAAAAAAAGAAAAUGAGUUUCUUUUUAAUUGUAUAAAAAAUUUUAAUUUCAUGAAGUAUGAAUAUGAACAAUACUAUUCUAAUAAUAGUAGUUUAAAUAAAAAAAUCAUUAAUAGUAAGACGGAAAAUAAUAAUAAUAAUUAUUAUGAUGAUGAUGAAAAGAGUGAGUUAAGUAAGCAUAUGAAAAAUAAUAAUGAAAAAGAAUGCAUAGUAAAUGAAACUAAUAUAAAUGAAUUAUUUUUUCAAGCAAAAAAUGAUAGUAUCAAAAAAAAAUUAAAAAUUAAUGGAAACUUCAAAAACUAUUAUCUUCAGAAUUAUUCCAUAAGUUAUUUAUCGGAAGGCUUAUCACCAAUAAACAGGCUAGUUAAUAGAGACUUUAUGGAAAAUUGUAACAUACUAAAGCAAUAUACAAUAAAUAAUUUAUCAAUUCAUAUGAAAUAUGAACAUAAUUUUGAUUCUUUUAAAAUUCUUAAGAAAGAAUGGAAUAAUAAUGAAUAUAAGAAAAUACAUAAAUAUGAACAAAUGGUUUCAAGCAUAGAAAUAUACCUUAAUAAAGAAGAAAAAAAAAGAAAAAGAAACAAAAAAUAUAUAAACAUGGAAGAAGAUAUUACAGAACAUAAAAAGAAUGAAGAAGAAAACACAAAAAAAAUGUUAUUACUAUAUUUGCAUAAAUGUUUAAUUAUAUCUAUUAGUAAAAAAAUGAUCGAUUUUUUAUAUAAAAAGAAAAAAUAUAACAUAUGUCUUGCAAUUAUUAAUAUAAUCUUAAAAAACAUACCAACUUAUUCAUCAUUAAGAAGAAGAAUAAAAUUUUUAAAAGAGUUAUAUAAAAAAUAUGAACAAAAAUUUUAUAUAAAAACAUUGGAAGACCUCCAAAAAGCGAAUGAAGAAAUUGAAAAAGAGCUAAAACAAACUUUGAACACAAUAUGUGAUAUCCUUAUAAAUCUUUAUAUUAAAAAAAUUAAUUUAUUAAAAAAAAUAUUAGAUGAUAUUUAUGAUUUUUUAAAAAAUAUUUCAUAUGUUAAUAAAUUAGAAAGUUAUGUUAACCAAAAUAAUUCAUUAAAUAUGUCUAUUUUUUUUGAAAAAUUAAAUCAUUUAAUCACUUUUAUUAGUUUUUACAUUGAUUUAAAAAAAAAAAAAGGAAAUAAUUUUGAUGAAAUAAAAAGCAAUGUAAGUUUUUUAAAUCAAGAAAAUCUUAUUAUAAACAAUGAAUCAAAUAAAAUAAGUUCUUAUUUUCACAAUAAUCGUAUUUGUGAAACACCAAAAAAAAAAAAUUUCACAAAUAAUUUUAAUAUCAAUAAUGAACAAAUAAAAUCAAAAAAAAAUCAAAUAAAUAACAAUAUAUAUAAUGAUGAAGUAACAGAAAAAAUUUCCAAUAUAAAAAAUGAGGAAUGUCAUUCAAAACACAUGCUAAAUGAUUUUAUCAGCCCUGAUAUAUGUAAUCAAAAAUAUAAUGCAAAUGGCAUUAACCUAAAUUUAGAAGAAAAAAAACAAAAGAAAUGUAGCACAGAAAAAUAUUUUAACAAUUUCAAUGAUUCUAGUAUUGACUUAAAUAUUCUUGAAUUACUUCUCGUUUUCUUUUGUGAAUAUUUUUAUUUUCUUUUAUUUCCAUGCAUAUUUCUGUUACCAUUAGCAAGUGAAUGCAUAACACAUUAUCAUGGUUCAGAAUUUUUUGAUAUCUUUAAUAUUAACUUGCAAAUGAAAUUGUUACACAUUCUUUAUUACAAUAAAUUGGAUAUUAAAAAUAUAAACAAUUCUAAUAUUUUUUUAAAUCACAACUUUCAUCAAAUCAAAAAUACUAUAAAAAUUUGCGAUAACACAGAUAAAGGUAGCAUAAAUAAUACUGUCAAUAAAGCAAGUGAAAUGCUUCCUUUUGAUAACAUAGAAAAUAAAUCUAAAAUUGAAGAUGUUGUAAUUAUAUUUAAAAUAAUGGAGAAUAUGAAAGCAAAAUAUAUAAAUGGAUGUAAUAUGUUUCUUGAAUACAUUAAUAUAAAAUUAAAUUCAAAUUAUAAUGAGAACAAUAAAAAGGAAUCGGUAUGUGGAGAGACUUUUCAAGAAUUAUUUUAUCAAUUUAUUAUAGCAGUCAUGUCUCUUUUUUAUUUUAUGAAAAUGAUUUAUAUCCCAUCAUCUUUUGUAAAAAGUAAAAAUGAAUUAGAAGUAUCAACAAAUUACGAUGAGAAUUAUACAAAUAUUGAUAAGAAAAAUAGUAUUCAGAAAAAUCUUGCUGAAGAAAAAAUAAAAGGUGUAGAAGUAGAUUCAGAAAAAAUAUCUGAUGGAAAAAAGUUAACUAAGAAUAGCUUUUCAGUAAGUGAAGAACCAAUAUCGUCCUUUGAUAAUGAAAAAUGUAAAGAAUAUUUUAAAUAUAAAAAUUAUAUUUUAGAUAAGUUAUGCCAUAUUAAUAUAAAAAAAUUAAUAUUUGGAAAAAAUUAUGUUUUCUGA